UACUCGUAUGUUCACCGCACUUGGCAAACAAACACUUCUGACUCUGAUUCCCAUGCGGCCUUCUGUGUGUGACCGAGCUCUCCUAAAGCAACACUGUCUCUUUAAGAGUUACAGUCGUCUGAGUGCACUCUGCCAUUUCCGUCUUCAGCCAGCCGGUGGUGUCAGUCAAUAACCGUGGAGACUUCAAAUACUACCGCAAAUUACUGAGUCGGGAUUCCUUGAAAGUGAAGCUGUCAGAAAUUGUUGGGCGUUUUUUCUGAUGCUCAGCCAUGGAUGAAGAUGACAGCCAAGAUGAGCUGAUCAACCGCAGCGCGUCCCACAGCAAAGGAAAAAGGACUGCGUUGUGGGCCAUCUCAGAUGACUCAGACAGUGGUGAAGAGGAGUCUGAGGAGGGAGAAUCUGACAGUGGUGAGGAAGAAGAGGAGGGUCACCCAGAUGGAGAGGAGGAGGAGGAUGAUGAGGAAGAAGAAGAGGAGGAGGAGGGCGAAGAGGAGGAUGAUGAGGACGAGGAGGGAGAUGCUAGGGCAGAGGAUGGCGCUCUUGGGGGACCCUCUAUUGAUCUUGCAGAAACGAGCUCGGAUGAGGACACAGAAAAGUGCCCCAUCUGCCUUAACUCAUUUAGAUGCCAGCCUGUUGCAACACCAGAGAGCUGCGAGCAUUACUUCUGUCUUGACUGCAUCCUCGCAUGGGCCAAGAAUGCAAACUCGUGUCCCGUCGACCGUAUUGCCUUCAACAGCAUAUACCUAAGAAAAUGUUAUGGAGGAAAAGUGAAGAAAAUGAUCACAGUACAAAAGCCUAUGAAGGAAGGGCAAGAGGAAAUCAUAGAUUUGGACCUGGAUCAGACCAGCUGUGAGGUGUGUGGGGGCAGGGACCGUGAGGACCGUCUCCUGCUUUGCGAUGGCUGUGAUUCUGGGUAUCACAUGGAGUGUCUCACGCCACCUCUUAACUCUGUUCCUGUGGAGGAAUGGUUCUGCCCCGAGUGUAUAGCCAGCAACCGUCACUCAAGGGGUUCAGCUGAAUAUCUGAGCGAUACAGAGAGCGUACCUUCCACUGCCCACCCUGCCACCAGUCGCCUCCAGUCUGGUGCUGCAGGUCCCACCAGAGCUAUCGCUCGAACUCAGCAGAGUGAGAGGGUUCGAGCUAAUGUCAACCGACAUCGCAUCACACAGGCACGCACAUCACAGUUGGCUCCCACGUAUCUGAUGCAGUCCACUUGGCUGGAUGAUACUAUUAAUGCUGUGGUGUCUGGGCUCAACACAGCUGUGUAUAUACGGGAUUUAACACCUCGUGUCCCUUCUAGCAGCAGGCGCAAGACUGGGAAGCGCAGAAAGAUAAAAAGAAGGAAGACAUCUUCCGCUAAGGGUAAAACCGGUACAGGAGUCAAGAGGAGGAAACGGAAAGGGAGAAGGACUAAAUCCAGGAGAAGUCUGAUGUUGAAAAAGGCGGUCACUCCUCGAAGCCGUAUUGCUAAUAAUCUCAGAAUUGUAAAGGACAAGAAGAGCUCUUCGCUUCCGACAGUAUAUCGGCCAUCAGAGCAAACGCUAAGCAGCAUGCGUGCUGACAUAGGUGCAGCAUCCCUCUCUAUCUAUGGAGAUCCCUUUGACCUGGAUCCAUUUGCGGAUCGUAUUGAUUUGACCAGUGAGGAGGAAGUACAGCAGGCCCGCAUUAUAUCGCUGUUGGAGGCCAAGAGACGAGGGAUCUCUCGCUCCGCUCUUCGCUCGCACCAGCCUGUUGCUCGACCCGUCACUGCAGGCCUUUCCAGGAGAGGUAUGAGUGUGCACCAAUCAGGGGGUGAUGUGGAGGUGGCUCCGGUGCCCGACCUCCUGGGCAGCAUCCUAUCAGGACAGAGCGUCCUCUUGAUGGACAGCUCUGAUGUCGUUAUUAAUCGGGAUGGUUCCCUUAAAGCUAUACAGCCAAUGAUGCCAUCAGCGUUAAAUCCAAGUUGCAGCAGUAGCUCAGGAGAUGCCAGCGCCCAGAUCAGCCCGGUGAUGUCACCGAACCAAGGAGACAGUUCUCCGUCUCUCCACUCCAAUGGAGACCUACCAGGAUCCUCCCACAGGUCUAUGAACAGACCUUUCUCCCAGAGCUCUUCUCGCUUGCCCAGCUCAGCCAGCCACAUCCAUCCAUCUUCCCAUUCUGAUUUACCACCCAGAGGUCAUCCAAGGUUGCAGCCACCUCAUCCAGUCAGACCCACACACCCUCCUGGUCACCUGAGAACCAGUGGAGUUGGAGACUCCAGCCCCUCCUCAUCCAUUCACGUCAUGCUCGACACCAGCUCCAAGAGCAAGGCAGUGGCCUUAUCACAGUCCCAACCUAAAAAGGCACCUACAAAGCCCAUGUGGGUAGAUGUGUCGGUGCUUCCUAGGAUACCAAAAAUAAAAAGGGAGAGCUGUGAUAUUGCACAUGAUGGCACCAGUCAAGAUGGCAGCAAUCAAAGCACCAGUGGUAGGGGAAAUGGCAGUAAUUCUACCAGCAGUAGUAAUGGUUACCGCGUGCCAGAGAUGGGCAUGAACAGCUUUGCUGUGGACAAGGGAAGGCAGCAAAGUCUAGACCAACAAAAGGGCAGUCAGGCUCCGAGGCAGAGACCCGAUGGAGCCGGCUCAUCCUCAACCUUCUCCAACUCAUUCUCCACUUCUUCGUCCCCUACUGGCUCUUCUGCCAGCCAAACACGUUAUUCCCAGUCUUCCUCGUCUUCAUCAGCAGUGAGCUUCCGCAUUAACUCCAGUGGGAACUCCUGGCAGUCAAGGCAGCUAAGCAGCUCGUCAUCCUCUGCUGCUGGAGGCAGUAUGCCGACACCUCGGAGUAAAAAGGAAGAUGUAGCAAAAAAUAGACAGCUGCACAGGGAUAAACGGCUGCUCCUGGCACCACGUAUGCAGGUUAGUACGGAACAAGACAGUGAUAAUAUCUAUGAUCCCUUUGAUCCCACUCUGUCAGACUCAAGAAGCUCAGACGAUGAAGCUGAGAGCGCAAGCCUAGAUGGUAACUCCCUUACACAUGGGGGGAAGGCUCCUAGUUUGAGCAACAAAAAGGGUCUAGUAAAGAGCAAGCAGGACCUGGUUACUGUGAAAACUGAAACACAAGAGAUUGAGGUCUCACAGGAAGAACCAAGGAGAGAUGGUGCUCUGGAAACCACAUCACAGAGGGUCCGAUGCUCAAAGGAAAAUGUCAAAGUAGAAAAAGAAUCUAGAUUUCUAGACAAAAAGACUGAGAAACCAACUUCCUUACUUGCCACUUGCCAAAUUAAGAGUGAGCCAGGGUUAGAUAAUAUAAGGGAAUUUGAAAAGUUUGGUCACAGCCUAAAAAGUUUGAAGUCUGAGAAGGCAGACGACACACCACCUGUUCAGCAUAGAUUGGAUCUUUUAAAGACUGAGAGAGAGACUCUAGAGGAGGAGAGUGGACAGAGUAUUCACACUUCCAACAGUGCUCCCCCUGACUGUAAAAACAAUUCAUCAGCAUCUAGCUCGAACCCCACCAACAAGAAACAAAAGCCAGAAACUAAAUCCGAUUCCACAUCCUCUCCCACGUCAAGAGAUUUGGGCCGUAAGACGAAGACCUUCCAAGCUUCAAAAGAGAAACGCUCCAGCAGUUCAGAGGCAGUAGAUGGAAGAGGAGACCAUCAUGCCUCAGGCCAGGGAGGCCGACAAAAAGAAAAGGAGAAGGACAGAGGAAGGAGUUCCAGGCGGUCAAGCUCCCGAGAGAGGACGAGGAGGGCACACUCAACCUCAGAAAGCUCUCAGUGCAAUUCCCCAGAUAAGACUUGUGGCAAGAGACGGCGGUCCCGGUCCAGAUCCAAAGACGGGAGGCGAUCUAGGUCUGGUUCCAGCUCUAGCAGCAAAGACCGUUCAAGGAGGAAUAAGCUGAAAAAAAGGAGCAAGGAGAGAGACUGUGAUAGAAGACGGGUGUCAAUGGACAAGAGACAUGGUCGGUCUCGCUCAAAAUCACGAUCCAGGUCUAGAUCGAAGGAGCAUAAACGUGGACGGUCUUGCUCAAAAUCACGAUCCAGAUCCCGGGAAAGGAGGAAAGAUCACACGCAACUGCAACAAUCGUCUCUCUCCUCUAGAGACAAGGUGGAGUCACAGCCAAAAGACAAGAGGAGGCACAGGUCUAGAUCCAGCUCAAGAGAGAAAAGGAAAGAGGGACCAUCAUCGAAGAGUUUUCAGAAAACCUCAGGGUCCUGUGUUUCAUCCUCGAAAGACACAAAACUAUUACAGUGCAAGAAAAAAGAGAAGGAUAUCAGUCGAAGCUCCCGCAAAGAGGACAAAGCGGCCACAGUGAAUAAACAAAAGAUUGCCACCUCUGAACUUAGAAAAAAAGGCAAAGACCCCGUGGCAGACAGCCAAGCCACAACAGCAGAAAUGGUGAAAGAGAUUGAAAAAAAAAUUAAGAAGGAAAAACAAGCAUCUCUUGAUAUGUUUGAAAAUCCUUUUUCUCUCGCGAAACCAAUUAAGAAAGAAGAAACUGACAUUAAUUCUUCGAUGGUAGCUAAAAGCGUAGAUGAGGAGGGAAACAAAGAAGACCCCAUCAAGACUGAGACGUUUGAAAUCAAGACUGAGACGUUUGAAAUCAAGACCGAGACGUUUGAAAUCCCAUUAAUUAAAUCCGAGCCAAGUUCCCCAGAAUUAUGCCACUUUACCCCUUCCACCUCAUUUUCAAGACUGACGACAGCUGGUACAGCAGACAGUCUCCGGGAUACGGUCUCUGAGUCUCACACAGAGUUAAUGCCCUCCAGAGAACAACAGGACGCCUUCCCCGUCAAGCAGGAAGCUCAGCAGCCCUCGGACUCUGAUGAUGACUUUAAUGUCGAUGUCAUGCUGGACAACCUGGACUAUGUGAAGUCUGAGGACAGCGGUGCGUCCGGCAAACAAGAGAAAGAAAUAAAAGAGGAGACAAAUGAACAGGCAUCGACUGCAGUGGGAGCGAAAUCCAAGACUCAAGUCAAGAGGGUUACCUGGAAUAUACAGGAGCCUGAGGGGCCUCAGCCAGAGAAAUCUGCAAGCAAGCUAUCUCUGUAUAAAUUAAAGCUGAAACAGGAAGGAGCUCGCAGACCAUCUUCAGCAGUCCAGACAUCCAGUCAGGAAAGCACUGGAGCGGUUGGUCACCCCUCCAAGAGGGGUGCUGUUGGUCCACUCAGUUCCUCCUCCACAUCUGAUGGGGAGGAAGGGGAUUUGCCGAGGAAAGACCAGUAUUUGAAGAAGCUGCACAUGCAGGAGAGAGCUAUAGAAGAGGUGAAGCUCGCCAUCAAGCCUUUUUACCAGAAGAGAGACAUCAACAAGGAUGAAUACAAAGAGAUUGUACGCAAAGCCGUCCAGAAGGUGUGCCACAGCAAGAGUGGGGAGAUCAACCCAGUGAAGGUGGGCAAUCUGGUCAAGGCAUACGUGGACAAAUACAAACAUGCUAGGAAACACAAGAAAGAAGACGACUUAGGGCAGUCACAGGAGGAUGAUGUGAGAACCUGUGAUAGCCCAUGAGGAAGCAGGCUUUAAAGGCAAGGACAGCGACAACCACUGCAAACACUAAUCCGUAUGUUUUACUUUGUCCUACCACUGGGAGUGAUCUCAAGCUCUGACAAACCCAUUCUAAAAGGUUGACUAAGAUUUACUCAAAGCUUCAAGAUGGAACAUUUUCUAUGUAUGUCGAGCUUUUCUAUCUUAACGGAAGUUUGUUUCUUUUGUUGAUCACUUGAGCUGCACCUCAUAGUGUCUUGUGCUUGGACUGCCACAGCCAAGACCUGGUCUCUUUGUGUAGUACAGCUCAGACACUUAAUGGGAGACCUUGAGGUUGUGCCUUAAAGAGGCAAACCUCAAAGACCCUCCCAUGGAGCGAUACAUCCGGGAGCUUUCUGCACUGGGAGGAUGCAGCGUGUGGCUGUUUUUUUGUUGUUGUGGGAAUGAAGGGGUAUUUAUGAGUGGCAACACUUUUUGUUGGUGAAGAAGAGAUAAACAAAAUAUGCAAGGAAUGCAUAUUUAAGAAAUGUGUAUCAUUAAGGAACAACACUGUUAUGCAAUUUUUGUAGAACAUUUAUCAGUAGAGUAAUUGAAUAAUUUUAGAUUUGGUUGUAAAUAAUAUAGAUUUGAUAUAUUCACUUAUAUGUUCCGUUCAUCUGUGUUUUGACAUAAAUGACUCAAGUCCA